CUUAAAAUAAAAUGAACCGUUCCGUCUUGAUGAAAUUGAAACCCUAGUCAAACCCUCCGAAUUCAAUUUUCCAUUGGAGUCGUAUACACACCAUCUUCUCGCUCGCCAAAUUUCUAUUGAACUCGCCUGCGUAUAAGAUUGGGUCAAAAUGUAUGGAUCGGAGAAAGUCCCCGACGACUCCGAGCGAACCGCUUUCAGAAAAGCCGAGAAGAAGUACAAGCUAUACUACGAUGACACUUACAAAUCCUCCAAAAAGAAAAAACAACCAAAACCAGUGGAUUUAUCUGAGGUCCUCGAUUUCAAGUCCAUCCUAGAAUCUUACAAUCAGAACGGUGACCUUCCGCCUGGAAUUCUCUCUCUUCAAAGCGAUCCCAAUUUUCCUGUGUUCUCCUUGGAAAGCCGUCCCGGGUUUUAUUUUAUUCCUGGAGCAUUGAGCUUAGAAGAACAAUGCCAAUGGAUAAGGGAGAGCUUAACCACCUUCCCUCAACCUCCAAACAGAACGAAUCACAAUGCAUUUUAUGGUCCUAUAAAUGACUUAUUCAUUGCUGCAAAAGAAAAGAAAGUAUUGGUUGAAGAAGGGAAUGGUCCCAACAGUUUGGAGUGCAAAUGUAAUCCUUCUGACAGCAAUGGAGAUGUCCAUGGAUGGGAAUUCUAUGAAGGACAUACAGUGUCUUCAAGAGGAAAUGCAUGCAAAUCAAUUUUGGCCUCUGUUCUUUUGCGGAAGUUGCGUUGGAGCACCCUUGGCUUGCAAUUUGACUGGUCGAAGAGGAAUUAUAAUAUAUCUCUCCCACAUAACAAGAUUCCUGAUGCUCUGUGUCAACUGGCUAAAAGAAUGGCAGCACCAGCAAUGCCUAAGGGAGAACAAUUCCAGCCAGAAGCCGCAAUAGUGAACUACUUUGGGAUAGGUGAUACACUUGGGGGCCACCUUGAUGACAUGGAAGCAGAUUGGAGUAAACCUAUAGUAAGCAUGAGUUUGGGCUGCAAAGCUAUUUUCCUUUUGGGAGGAAAGUCUAGGGAGGAUCCUCCUUUGGCAAUGUUUCUUCGGAGUGGUGAUAUUGUUCUAAUGGCUGGAGAUGCAAGAGAAUGCUUUCACGGUGUGCCCCGGAUCUUCACAGAUAAAGAACAUGCUGAAAUCACCCCCUUAGAGUUGCAAUUCUCACAUGGAGAUGAUCUUUGUUUCUUAGAAUAUAUCAGAACUUCAAGAAUCAACAUAAAUAUCAGACAAGUCUUUUGAGUUUGUUUUUUUUUUUUCUCUUUCUUUCACCAAAUUUUGUUCCCUAGACUAUAGAAAUUUGAGAGGUGACAAUUGACACUUGAGGACAAGAUGUAGGGAAGUUGUGAAGUUUAUGCACCUGAUUUUGCACACUGAAGAUACCAGAACUAACAAAUGAAAACAGUGGAGUAGAAGUGGUCAGAAAGACAUAAUGGCUGCCAAAGCCCGCCUGAGUUUAUGAACCUAAACAGAGCUAAAAAUGGAAUUAGCCAAUUAGGACUUGUUGAGUUUAUUGGAGUUGGAGAUGUUCUCAUGUUAAA